AUGCUUGGUACACUUGGUCUCGGGUUCAGUAUCACCAACUCCUGGUUGUCAUAUGCCAGCUGCUUUGGACAGAGCAUGGUCUAUGGCGGACCACAAGCAACCGUAUUCGGACUCAUAGUGGCCUGUUUCGUGCAAUGGGCCGUCGCGGCAGGAAUGGCUGAGCAGGCCUCGGCGUUCCCUUCUUCAGGAGGCCAAUACCAUUUUACCUUUAUUCUGGCCCCCGAAAAACACAAAAAGUUCGCCGCUUUCUCCGUUGGCCUACUCAGCGUCAUCGGCUGGUGGGUGAUUACCUGCUCCGGAUUAUCCAAUAACGUUCAGUCAAUCAUGGGUAUGGCCCAGUUCAUGUAUCCGGACUUUGAACCUCAGCGAUGGCAAUCAUAUCUGCUUUAUCUUGGACUUCUCUUAUCGACCCACCAAUUAGUUAUACCCAUCUUCACGAUACCUCAACGCCAUAUUGGAAAAUGGACCACCACCUGCCUGUUACUCUCGAUUCUGGGCUUUAUCAUAGUGACAGUUGUUAUCUUGGCCAUGUGCAAGUCUUUUCAGCCUGCCAGCCAUCUCCUCGAGUUUAGAGGGGCUAGCGGGUGGCCGGACGGAAUGGCCUGGUUCAUGAGUAUUGGGAAUGCCAUGUACGCUUUCGCGAGUCUCGAUGCUGUCGUACACAUUGCAGAGGAGAUGCACCAUCCUGGCAAGGAGAUCCCUCGCGUAAUCCUUGAAGCAUUCCAUCAAGCAACCGAAUCCAAAGCAGCUGCUCUAGGAUUGCAGAUACUGCUCACUGUGCUAUUUUACACAUGCAUGCCUAGCCAGUGGAUAACAUGUGGCCGGUUGGCUUGGGCCUUUGCUCGAGAUAACGGUUUACCAUACUCGGACUAUUGGACAGGAAUCCACUCAUACUAUGAGUUUCCGGUUCGAACUACUCUUCUCUCGGCAGCUUUCUGUGCAAUUUACGGGCUGCUAUACGUGGCAAGCACACAAGCUUUCAACUCUAUUAUCACUGCCGCUGUUUUAGUUAUCAACAUAUCUUACAUUGUGCCGCAGGCUAUAUGUCUCAUUCAAGGCAGAGCCAAAAAGUUGCCAAGUCGUCCUUUUAACUUAGGCAUCUUGGGAUAUGUUUGCAAUUCAUUUUCUCCGGUUUGGAUUACCGUGAUUGGGAUAGUAAUCUGUUUCCCUAAUAUUCUACCAGUGACUGCUGCUUCAAUGAACUAUGUAUGCGUGGUUCUCGGCGCAAUCAGUAUCUUUGUAGUUGGCACGUGGUACUGGAUCAGAAAUCAGUUCGAAGGGCCCCAGAUUGAUUGGGACUUGCUGGAUGGCUCGAAUGCGGUUAACAGUUAA